AUGACCACUCUCUUCACUGUCCCGAUCACUUCCACCGGUGGCACGAUCGUGUGCACCAACCCUACCGCCAAACAGGGUAGCGAGACCAAGGAACACAUCUACCUCUUGACCUUUACAUCGCCCAAGGAUAACCGACUCACUCCCACCUUCAUUGAUGCCUUCAUCUUGGCCCUGGACAUUAUUGAGCACCGCUACCCCCGGGGCGUUGUAGUGACAACAAGUGGUAUUCCAAAGUUCUACAGCAAUGGCCUUGACCUGGAGCUUGCGACUAGCACAGAAGGUUUCCUAGACAAGUGGCUAUGGCGGUUAUUCCGCAAGUUCCUCACGUAUCCUAUGCCCACGGUAUGUCUUCUCAACGGACACGCAUUUGCAGGCGGCUUCAUGCUCGCCAUGUACCACGACUAUCGCAUUCAGAACCCGAGCAAGGGCUUUCUGUGCGUCAACGAGUUGGAAUUCGGCGUUCCACUCCAGACUCCCAUGAUGUCCAUCUUCCGAGAGAAGCUGACCCCUUCCACUUUCCGCAAUGUGGUUCUGGAAGCGCGUCGGUUCGGUGGGCCCGACUCCCUCAAUGCGGGGAUUGUCGAUGCCGUGGGUGGAUUGGACGAGGUGCUUGGCUUGAUUCGGGAUCGGAAGCUGCUUAACAAGGCGGAGACGGGAAUUUACGGGACGAUGAAAGAGGAAAUGUACGCGCGUGUUCUGGAUGGGCUUGAUGAUCAUGCGGGUAAUCUGGCAUGGCGUGAGAAGGUGGAAUCGCGCAAUGUGAUGCUGAGAGAGGAAGGGUUGAAGCGGGUGGAAAGCUGGUCGAAGUCGCCCAGCGCAAAGCUGUGA